AUGGCUGAUCAAGGAAGAGGCUUCCCAACCAGAUGCAGAUGCGGAGAGGCUGUAAGAAUUGGUAUGUCGAGGACAGCCAAAAACCCAGGAAGAUUGUUUCACUCUUGUCCAAGAAGAUCCGAAGAGACUCAAUGGUAUCACACUUUUAAAUGGACUGAUCAGUGUAUGGUUGAAGAGAUUGAGGAUUUGAAGUUGAAAAUGGAUAAUGUGGAAGAAGACUCAAUCACAUUUCAAAAGAGUGUUAAUGCUUGUGAAACAAAGGUUGGAACUCUCCAAAUGGAAACUCGUGUUUGUGAAACUAUGGUUGAAAAGGAGAUAAGAGAGUGCAAAAUGGAGCUGCGCAGCUUGAAGAAUAUGGUCGAUUGA